CCUUCCUCUCCUCACUUUCCCCAAAAAAACAAAUCUAGAUCUCUCUUUUAACUCUCAAAAAAAUGUCUAAUACGCCAUUAAAAGCCGUGACCCUCACUCUCGUUCGCUACCAAAAAGGAGACCAAAUAGGCCAUUUCUUAGCAUGGGUAUCACUGAUCCCUGUCUUCAUAAGUCUAGGCGGUUUCCUCACUCACUUCAUAUUCCGUCGUGAACUCCAUGGCAUGUUUUUCGCUCUUGGUCUUCUUAUUUCUCAAUUCAUCAACGGAAUCAUUAAAACAUUCGUCAAACAAGCCCGACCUGAAACAUGUGCUCUUCUUGACAUGUGUGAUUCUCUUGGCUGGCCUUCUAGCCAUUCACAGUACAUGUUCUUUUUCGCUGUUUAUUUCACUUUGUUGACCCUUGAUGGAAUUGGGUUGUCGGAGAUCAAGAAUCAUUGGGCUGUUAAUUUUUUUCCGUGGUCAUUAGCUGUGUUGACCAUGUUUUCUAGGGUUUAUUUAGGGUACCAUACGGUUGCCCAGGUUUUUGCUGGGGCUGUUUUAGGGUUUUUUCUUGGGGCCGGGUGGUAUUGGGUCGUGACUAAUGUGAUUUCUAAGUAUUUUCCGAUGAUUGAGGAGAGUAUGUUUGGAAGGAUGUUUUAUGUGAAGGAUACUUCCCAUAUUAGGAAUGUUUUGAAGUUUGAGUAUGAAAAUGCAAGAGCUGCUAGAAAGAAUAUGGAUGCCAAAGCUGAUUGAUUUGGCUAGUCUCGAAUAUAUUUUCUGGCUCCAAGGAUGCAUUCAGGAGUGCCUUUUCUUAUGAAUGAAACGAUUGAGCAAUUGGAAUUCUUUCUUCGAAUCAUUCUAUUCGGGAGCUCACAAGGGAAGCUGCCAAUUGGAAGAGCUGGUGCUCAGUUUAGAUUUCUUUAUAUUGGCAAGGAUGAUCGUCUUUGUCAUACCAGAGCUCGGCUGUGCUGAAAGGAAAACCACAGAAAGCAUAUAUUUUAUACUUGAUUUUUAGAAGUUUACUGUUUUGUGAUGUUUCUAAAGUAGUUUUAUUACAUGAUAGUAGUUUUCUUGUAUGAUAUGCUUUAUGAUACGUACUAAGCAUCUGGAUCGUUUGGACAAUAUUAUAGUAGUUUUCACAUUAUUUUUGGAUCAAA